AUGACAUGGAACUUCUAUGACAUGACAUGGAACUUCUCUGACAUGACAUGGAACGUCAAUGACAUGACAUGGAACUUCUAUGACAUGACAUGGAACGUCAAUGACAUGACAUGGAACUUCUAUGACAUGACAUGGAACGUCAAUGACAUGACAUGGAGGCCGCAUUCAGGCGCGUUUGAACAGAGAAAACUGCGUCAAGCGCGUGCUGAAGGAAACCAAAGGACGUUCCCCAGAGUGAGUUGCCUGCCUUUCCGCGCAAGGGAAGGCGUCCGGUCAACCAGCCGCUGGAAGGUGACGACGAGCUACCCCUCCGACAGGAUGGCUUCGGCUCCCCUGACGAGCGAGGAAAUGUUCGGCACAGGAGUCGGCGUCAAGGAAGAGUCGAGCGAAGGCGUCAAGGAAGGCGUCAAGGAGGGAUGGCGUCAAGGCGUCAAGGAAGGCGUCAAGGAGGAGUUGAGUGAAGGUGUCAAGGAGGAGUUGAGUGAAGGUGUCAAGGAAGAGUCGAGCGUAGGCGUUAUGGAGGAGUCGAGCGUAGGCGUUAUGGAGGAGUCGAGCGAAGGCGUCAAGGAAGAGUCGAGCGAAGGCGUCAAGGAGGGAUGGCGUCUAGGCGUCAAGGAAAGAGUCAAGGAAGACGUCACGGAGGAGACAUGGCUCGAGGUUAAGGAGGAACCUCUCGAUUACGGAGACGAGGCGAGAGACGAAGGGCGUGACACGAAGGCGACGCAAGAGUGUCAUUUUCACGAUUUUUGCGAUCCAAGACGCGAAGCAGAAGCAAGAGACUCGUGGAACUUGGCUCGGGGUCGCGACGAGGCGUUAAGAGACGCGUUAAAGGUGCCGUUGGUGGCCGAGGACUGGGACCGAGGGAUGUACGAGGAAAGGCCGAAGGAGGAAGAGACUUUUUCGCAUAAAUCUAGCUUUUUGAACCACGUAUUGUGUACAGAGGAGAAGCCCUAUAGCUGCAAAUUUCGUAAUGAAGUCUUCUCGCGGAAACACGAUCUCGGGGAGUGCACGAGAGCGUGUAUAAGGAAGAAGCCACAUACCUGCGAGAUUUGCAACAAGACGUUUUCCAAGAGCAGCCAUCUUCUAACGCACACUAGAGUACAUACGAGAGAGAAGCCAUACAACUGCGAAUUUUGCAACAAUGCCUUUUCGCGGAAGAAUAAUCUUGUGAGGCACAUGACAAUACAUACAAAGGAAAAGCCGCACAUCUGCGAGAUUUGCAACAAGGGCUUUGCCGAUAGAGGUCUUCUUGCAAAGCACAUCAGAGUCCAUACGAAAGAAAAGCCCUAUAACUGCGAGAUUUGCAACAACGCCUUCUCAUGGAAGAGUAAUCUGGCGAGGCACAUGAGAGUACAUACGAAGGAAAAGCCGCACGUCUGCGAGAUUUGCAGCAGGGGCUUUUCCGAGAAAGGUCACCUACUAGCACACAUCAGAGUCCAUACAAAGGAAAAGCCCUACGUUUGUGAAAUUUGCAACAAGGACUUUUCAGAGAGAUCCAGCCUAGUGAUCCAUAGGAGAGUCCAUACAAAGGAAAAGCCAUACUCCUGUGAGAUCUGCGACAAGAGCUUUUCGCACAGAGCUAAUCUAGUGAGCCACACGAAACUACAUACACAGGAGAAGCCCUACAAAUGCGACAUCUGCAACAAGGGCUUUUUGCACAGGAAUCGCCUAGGAAGCCACAUGAGAGCCCAUACAAGAGAGAAGCCAUACUCCUGUGAAAUUUGUGACAAGGCGUUUUCAUAUAAGAGUAGUCUAAAGAUCCACGUGAGAGUCCAUAGCGAGGAGAAGCCCUAUGGCUGUGAGAUUUGCGGUAAGGCCUACUAUGUGAAGAGUCACGUAGUCAGUCAUAUGAGAGUACAUACAGGAGAGAAACCUCACACUUGUGAGAUCUGCAGUAAGGCCUUCUCUCAGAAAAGUAAGCUAGUAAGGCAUGUUAGAAUACAUAGAAAGGAGAAGCCAGAUUUGCAAUAGUGCAUUUUCAUGGAAAUGGAUUUAUGGUGAAGUGCAUGAGAGUACAUACAACACAGAAGGCCACAUAUAAGAGUACAUAUAAAAGAGAUGCUUAACAGCUAUAGGAUUUACAAUAACUGUUAGCCUAUACAUUUUUGUACAUAGAAGGCCACAUAUAAGAGUACAUAUAAAAGAGAUGCUUAACAGCUAUAGGAUUUGCAAUAACUUUCAGUCUAUACAUUUUUGUACAUAAAAGUCACGAGUCAUGUAAUAUAUUUCAACUAGAGGGAAUGCACUUUGUCUUGACAUAAAUAGGGAAGAAUUAUCCUAAAUUUUGGAGGAGCCUAUCUUAUUAUAUAUAUUAUACCCAAUAUUCAUAAUUUUCAAUUCUUUUUAACCCUAAACUUUUAUGCUUUGUGACUUGUAUUAAAGUCUCUAUAGAAUUUAGAUAAGCUCGUGUCACUGGUCAAGAGGAGUCAAAAAACAGCUACUACUUGAUCAUAGCUUUUAGGGAAGCUUCUCCUCUGUCUCCUUGAUAUGGUGACUAGAAGUUGUUGGCUAUUUUAACCCAUUCGCGCCGGGGUAAAAAAUGAACAAAAAAUGGGGGAAAAUGCUGUACUUUUUUGUGAAAUGUCUUUACACAUAGAUGGCUCUGCCUUACCUGAUUUCAUUUGGCGGGAAAAUGUAAUUUUUACUAGCGCUACGAAUAUCUAUGGUUAUUUUUAUUAUAAACAUUAUAAUUACUACAGUUACAUUACUAAGUUAUGAACAUUAGCAACAGCAAAAUAAGAUUAAGUAAAAUAUUUUCGUGAAUUAAAGAAAAGGGUACAA